UUCGCUUCCUUCCAACUCUAAACAAUGGCGUAUAGUGAAUACUAAAAUCGCUUAUUUCUUUUCCCUCUCAAACUCUAAAAUUCAAACACUCUUUCAAAUUUCAAACAAACGGUAACGCAAUGAACAACGACGCUAACGGAAACGUAACUUCACCGUUUCCAUGUCUCGUUUCCAUUCCUCCCGUUAACCGCCGCCGUUUAUCAACCUCAACCGUUUUCGUUAAGCCGAGCCGUCCGAUCUCAUCGGAGAAGCCAAUGGCUUGGAUUAACCUUCAAGGUCGGCUUGUUAAUGCCGAUCAAGCUAGCUCCGCUCGAACAAUCGGCGGUGGCUUAACUGAUAAACUUGCAUUCGCUUGGAAUCUCUUUCCUCCUAUUCAUCGGUUUCUCAUUGUUGCUGUUAUUGGUGCUGCUGCUGCCGCCGCGAAGUCGCAGAAGAAUCAGGAGAUUUUGAAUCUUAAGAAGUCCGUUGAAUUUAGGGACCAGGUGUUAUCGAGCAUGCAGCAGAAGCUUGACAAUCUUUGUGAGCAGCUUAACAGUUCGAAUUUGAAAGAGAACACAGUUGCUGCCAUAAACAAGUUAUCCACCAAGGAUGGAGAAUUGCAAUUAGAUGAAACAUUUGGCUCCGAGAGAAUUAAGUUUGUUGAUUGUGGUUGUUGGCAUUGCGAUGAACACUCUUCCUUCCGUAAUGAAUCGAUGCAGGAUGCCUCUAGUAGAAGAGCCUCCAGUGGAAAUGAGGUGCUCCAAUAUAAGUCACCCUUCUCUAAUGAAGAACAAGAGGAGAGAAGAAUGUCUGACUUGUCGGAUUUGACUUCUAGCGUCACAUCUGCUGCUGAUAUUCAGGAUGCCUCUAGUAGAAGAGCCUCCAGUGGAAAUGAGGUGCUCCAAUAUAAGUCACCCUUCUCGAAUGAAGAACAAGAGGAGAGAAGAAUGUCUGACAUGUGGGAUUUUGCUUCAAGUGUCACAUCUGCUGCUGAUAUUCAGUUAAACAACUUGGCUGUAGAACAAGAUAUUUAUAAUCUUAAGAGGGACUGUGAAGAGAAGGAGACAACAAUAAAAGAGCUAACCGCUCUGCUGAACUCUUCUGAGGUUGCUAAUAGCAAGAGGGUUGCAGAACUAGAAGACAUUAUACGGAGGAAGAACACAUCAAUUUCUAAGCUAAAGAAGGAUUUGGUUGUUCUAGAACAAAAGGUUAUGCAGCUUACAAGGCUUCGUCGACCAUCCUUCUCUGCCAGUGUUUCAAAUGAAACUCAGCUGCCACAAAUGAGAGAUAACCUCAUUUAUGAUAUGGAGAGCUCUACUAGCCCCUCAUCUUCUGAUUCUGAUAGUCCUCUCGUCAAGAAUGCACAAUAUCCUCCUAUUGAUGUCAUUGUGCCGACCAAAAGUUCUGAUUGUAAAAUUGAUCUGAAAUCUACGCCAGCAAAAACCUUAAAUUCGUCGGGGAGACUCAUUGAACGCCGCACAGAAUUUCGAUCCAUUAGUCCUCUUAAGGAAUUUCUUUCGUCUCAAAAAUCUAAUGCAGCUUCUUCUUCUUCGAGCCGUAAGCAAUUGUCACCUCGUAGGGACCUAAAGAAGAGUAGAAGACGAUCUCUCCCUAGUGCUAAGAGUGCGAGUACAAAUAAGAGAUGGGUUUAGUAGUGAAUAAGUCAGCUUGAAUCACCAACUAUUUCUAUUAGCAAACAUCAGGUAGUGAAUAUUCUCUAGGUUUAUAGUGAUACUAUUUAAAUACUUGUGGUUCAUUAUGGUUUAGAUUGAUAGAUUGCAGAUAGCAGCAGCAAGGAAUAUUUAAGUUUUAGCCAUUAAAUAUGGUUCGUUAAAAUACAGCCAGCUAUUGCUGUCUAUGGUAUGAUCUCUUAUCUUGAUUAGUAUCCUUCAUAGGCUUAUUUAACUAUUAAAUAUGAUUUUUUUUUAUUUUGUCAAGUAAUUGCAGAAGCAGAAUCCAAUUAAACCUCAAUUUCAUUUUUUAUCCUUGGGAUGAUUUGAUGAACCUCUGCUGAUUUAGAAUUCUUAAAUUCUUAAAUAAUACAUGUUACACUUUAGUGAA